AUGCUGGCGGGCUGCGUCGUGCCCCACGCGCACUACCGCGUGUUCCACGGGAACCCGGCGGCCGACUCGCAGCAUGCGGCGCCCAACGACCAGUUCCCCCUGGCGCUGAGCCCGCGCCGCGUGGAGAACGCCCCUACCGACCUCCACCUGCGCGAGUUCGCGCAGCUCGAGGUGCAGGUCAAGGCGCUGCAGCUGCAGGCGGCGCAGCACUCGGCCCCGGGCGCCAUGGGGGCCGCGGUGGCUGGGGCGCUGGCCGAGUGCUUCCUGUUCUACUCGAGGCUGUUCACGGUAGAAUCGUUCCCCUGGCCGGACUUCCUGGCCGCCGUGUUCACGAAGAUGGCCGAGCAUUUCGCAUCCAGUGAUAACGAGAUCGUCCGGAGUGCUAUUCUGCGGGUCUUCCAGCGGACCAAGGCGCACGUGGCGCAGGUGAAUGACCCCGCCAAGCUGCUGGGUCAUUUAUCGGCGCCUUUGACGCAUCCGACUAGUGUCACGGCUCGGACGCUGACGCUGCAGUUGCUGGCGACGAUGCCGUCGCUCCUUCAUCAUGAUGCGGCGGUGCAGCAGCAGAUUCUCAAGGGAAUUAACGCUGAGGAUCGGGACGAACGUUCGGCUGCGAUUGAGGCAGCGCGCGCGUUCUUGCCGCUGUCUGCUUCGUUUCGGACGGAUGUGUUGGCGUUGGCUUUGGAGGAACGUUCGACGGCGCUUUGUGGAUUGCUGGCUGAUGCUGUUUCGAACUCUGUGGAGGCUCAACAGGCGUGGACUCACUGCGCCGGGUUAUACGAACGCCUUGUGGACGACAAGAGUGCGGUCGCGAGUUUGCGUACGAUGACGACGCUGACGGCGGCGUACGCGGGUGUAUUGCUGGUGAUGCACGGACAGUUGCUGCACCACGUGCUUGAUACCGAACCGCGUGCGUUUGUACGGAAUUUUGCUCUUCUGGCUGCGCAGCAGCUUGUUGCAGCGGCAGGCAGUGAUGAGGAUCAACAACUUGCGAUGGCUCUGGAUGGCGUAUUUUCGCGGGUUCGACAGCUGCGUGCAACGCAGGGUAAAACGCAGUCGCGCCUCAAGUUGUCGGCCUUGCUCCUGCUUGAAAAGUGGUCAGCAACUAGCCAAGAACUGGGUGAAUCGGCGCUGGCACUGCUUCAGGAUGCCAAGAGUUGGCUCGCUACUGCUACUGAUGAGCGUUUUGGUAAAGCUUACACGUCAAUUAUCGCGCACAUGGCCCGUCGGAAGCUUUCACGGACUGAUGCGAUAGCGCCAAAGCGUAGUGUGGACGAGUUGUUGGCUUUGCUACACCCUCGAGCUGCUGUUGCUUCCAAGAGCACCUGGAACCAUGCAUUAGGUGCGGUCGCUCAGCUGUGUCACGAGUUCCCUGAAGCCCUCGCUGCGAACGUCGCUUCUCGGUUAGUCGAACUACUUUCAAUUCCAGCGGACAAGAAUAUGGACCCUGCAACUUCAAGAUCCAGAAGGACAUCGGUCUUCAAGGUUUUAGGUGCCCAGCUGCGACCACCGCCUGCUAGCGUGAUUAAGGAGCAGCUUCCAAUGCUGGUGGAGGAGCUGUCGACGGUGGGGCGAGACGACGCACUGCAUUUGCGAGCUAUUGCUGCCACAUUCUUUCUCUGGACCCAGGAGCUGUUGAUUGGUGCCGCUGAUCAAGCUACAGGCAAUAUGAUUUCAGGAUUCGAGGAGGAACUGCUGAAUCCCGAGCACUACGAGUCUCACGCGGAGCGUUACGAGAUGGUGAAGCUGGCGAUGCUGCGUGGACGGUUCUCUCUUGCUGCGCAGCUAAUGGAGGCCAUCGCGGCAAAAGCUGACAGUGAGUGCUUUGGCGGGUGGCUUCACGCGUUGCACACUCUGUGUAAGGCGGAGUCACGUGUUGCAACGGACCAAUCGGUCCACCUGGACAGUAUUCACUUGCUGACGCGCGCGAGUACGUACUUGCAAGCUGCGCGCACUUCCAGCUUUCGCUUUGAUCUUCAGCUUCAUCUGGUAGCACUGAGACUGGAGUGGAUACAGCACAUGCAGAGUGCCCAACAGCUUGCAGGUGAGGCGGCGUUCACCAACACAGCGGGAAAUCCUGUUGGCCGAGAAGGACAGCUCAACAAACAACUGCGUACCCUUGCGCACAAGUUUAACGUGCUGCGUGGCUUACUACUCGGCGCCCACAAAAGGGAUCUGGACGUGCUUCAAGCUCAUGCAGACGCAUGUUGUUUGCUGGCUGCGGCUGUAGAAGGCUUUCUCCUGCUUCGCUCGCCGAAUUCCAUCGACUUCCCGGCGGACGAAGGAGCUUCUUCCAGUAUUUCUCAAUGGAAUCUCCAAGUCUUGAAGGUGCUGAGCAACGACACCCGCAGGAACCUGGCGUCGGGGCUCGCGUACUGCAGCAGCUCCUAUCUGCAUUAUGUGCGAUUCCUCCCGUGCUGCCGAAACUAUUUUUCUGCUCUCGGUUGCGUUCUGCCCAGCGAUUGCUUUCGAGCGCGCAGUUCAUCACCUACGCGGAGAAUACUGCCUUCACAGCUAAACCACGCUCGCGCUCACAACUGGGCGUCUCUCUCGGCACUGAUUUCACGAGUGUGUUGA